GUUGUUGAUUUAUACCUACGCCAGCAAUGGGAAGAUGGCCGACUUGUAUAUGAGGUUGACGAUCGAGAUGGAAUUGAAGAGGUGGUCGUGCCGCACAAUAAGCAUAUUUGGAUACCUGAUACAUAUUUCUCCAAUGGUCGUGAUGUGAAUCAUGGCGAACGCCAUCGGGCAGUUGUAGAACCAACUGGAUUUGUCCGAUCUUCCGAAAUGCGUACAGUGACAGUACCAGUGGAAUAUAGCUCCAAAUAUCCCUUUGAAAAUACUCGAAUGUUUAAAUUACGAUUAUCAAGCUAUAAAUAUUCAAUUCAAGAUGUUGUCUAUUUAUGGGCAAAUUCACCGCCAACUGUGACACCGGUUGAAGUAUCACAAGAAUUGUUGAGCGGUUUUUAUGAAUUUAAAGAAGCUAUAGCUGAUGAUUGCGUUGGUAAUUAUACAUUCGGUACAUAUUCUUGUAUCGAUGUUCUCAUAACAUUUACUGGUGCUUCAUCUGAAGUAUUUUGGCGUAUUUUUAUUCCAUCAAUACUUUUGAUAUUCGCAUCAUGGCUUCAUUUUUGGGUUCAUGGUUCAUGGUCAGUUCCACGAACAAUUAGCGCUGCGGUGCCAUUCUUCAUCUUUGUUUCUAUUUUGAUAUUCUCUCCGCAACCUCAUCUAACAACAUAUGGUAUCAAUAGCUUACAAAUAUGGCUUCUUUUUUGCCUUUUUUUGACGUUCGCAUCAUUGGUUGAAUAUUUCAUCGUUAUAUGCUGUGGAAUAAGAAGGACCAUUCGAUACAGAAAUGGAAAGAUGAAAGAUGAUGAAUCACCUCUUACUGUCACUAGAGAAACAGUAGAAGUUGCAUAUGAUACGAAAUGUGCAAAUUUCAAGCACAAUCAUGGCAUUGAUCUUGUUUCACGCUUACUCUUUCCUAUUGUUUUUCUCAUUUUCUUCAUUAUUUUCAUCAUUUUUUAUUUAGUAUAA